UCAAGAAGUAUUUAUUCUUAUUUUUCUGAAGGAGAGAAUCUCUGCUUUCUGUGGAUCCCCCAAGGUCAAAUAACUGGUGAAUUCAAACCUCAGCUCAGCUGAAUAAUCUCUCAUCCAUCCAUCCAUCAAUCCACUCAUUCAUCUAUCCAGCAUCCAUCCAACCAUCCAGUCAUCCAUCCAUCCAUUUGUUCAUUUAUCAUUAUCAUCCAUCCAUCCAUCCAUUCAUCCAUCCAUCCGUUCAACACGUAUUUAUGUCACAACUCCCUUUAGGGCCCCAGACUGGGGUGGCGUGAACCUUGGCCUUAUUCUCCUGUACUCUGUGAGGACAGCAUGUCCCCCACAGAGCCAUCACAGGGAGUGGGAGUACCGUGCUGGACACACAGUGCAGUCUUUGAAUACCUCCCUCCCUCCUUUAUCUGGGAUGAUGAUAAUAUCCGUCUCACCCAGUUGUCUCAUGGUGAGGUGAUGAUGGUGGACCAAAGACCCUAUGUGAUUGUGAGAGCCUCGGUGCUCGAGCGAUGACAACUGUGAUUCUUAGUUUCUCGGCAGCAGGGACCCUGUCAGGUUCACUCCUGCACCUCGCAGAGGCCAGCACAGAGUAGGCACCCAGGAGCUGCUCCCAAAGGAGCCGUGUCCACAGCCCAGCUCCUGAGGUCACGUGGUGUCGGGGAAAGCCACACACAACCCUGGACCCUGGGUGUGACUUGUGCCUCUGCUAUUCAGCGGCCCCAACGAGGAGAAAAUUCACCCCCAGAAAACCAAAUGCUUAGGACAAUCAGGUGGAUGAGAAACUUGGGAGGGAUGGUGCCGAACAGCCCAGAAAAUACAGAUGCUUUGAGGAAAUAACUGCUGUGUGGAAGGAUUCAGACCUGAUUUUACUAGGGAGCCUCAGACUUGAUAAAUCAUCAAUGUGGGUUCCUUUUUCUGUCUUCCUUAACAUCCCCUUUCCUCCUCUUCUCCUGGUUCUGGGCCAAAUAGCAUUUCCCAAGAAUCUGAAAUGAACUCCUUAAGCGUCAGCAUCCUGGGAAGUUAGAGUUCCCCCAGGAUCUGGGGACAUUCUGACACAUGUGUGCACACACACAGACACACAGGGACACACACAGACAGACACAUGGACACAGAGACACACUCAAAUACACACAGAUACACAGACGCAACACAGACACACUCACAGACAUACACAGAUGCACACAGACACAGAGACACACACCGGCAUACCCACACAGAAACACACACAGACGUAUACACACAUACACACAAGCUCGCAUGUGCAGAGGCCAAGGACAGUGACAGCUGCAUUUGUCAGGAGCCAUGCAUUCCCACGGAGCUGUGGAUUCUCAGAGACUGACCUCAAGGACAAAACCUUCCCUGGAUCCCCUGAGGAAUUGUGACAUCAACUCUCCAAUUCUGGGGUUCUCUUUUUAAUCCCUUUUACAUUAUUAAUAUAAAUGAACGGGCAUUUAUAAAUAACCAGUGAUGCACGGAGUUGGGGGGAUGAUGGAGCAGGUGGCCGGGGACAUGGGUAACAAGGAGGAGUCCUGACUGCAGAGGAUUUAAAGACAAUGAAACCCGAGUAGAAAUCAGUCUGCGUUUACUAGAGCCCUGCGCUGGCCGGUGUAAACUGUGUCAAUGGUAAAUACUCCUCCCCCUCCCCCACCACUUGGGAGUCCACUGUAAAUAACAGUAUUAAUGAUGCUAUGUGAACAUGAAAAACAUGUUCUUGUUUUAAAGAAAGAAGUCAGAAGGAAGGAAAUUCUGACCACUGCUACAACAUGAUGGACCUUGAGGACGUCACGCUGAGUGAAGAAGAGGCCACUCAAUCCAGCUGAAUCCCGGAAGCCUUAAAACACCCAGAAUACAAACCCUUCCCUGGAGGUAGAUGCCGCCGCCCCUCGCCUCUUGAUCAUCCAUCUGAGGGUCUCCAAGGCUGCAGCUGCAGAGCCUGAAGGUCCGCGGUGCCUCUGAGGCUCCCAUCUGCACCUUGUCGGUGCACGAGAGUCACCUGGAGACCUAGGCCUCCCUCCGCACCCCACAGGCCAGCUCAAUCAGUCUCUGGCGUGGGGCCCUGGCGGCAGGGUGGGCGGAGCUCCCCACGUGAUUCCAAGAACAGUUGACAUUGGUCAGAAACCAGCCCCGUGGGGAUGGGCCAAAUGCCCCUAAAGACAUGCCACCUGCUGAGAGCAUUUAAGGCCAACCAGGGGGGCUGGAGACUGCGGCUCCCUGUCAGGUGCUUUACUUCUUCUAGUCAAUAUGCCGACUUUAGAAGCUCCGGAAGAGAGGCUGAGAAAAUUUAAGUAUCGUGGCAAAGAUGCAUCUAUGAGGCGGCAGCAGAGGAUAGCAGUCAGCCUGGAGCUCCGGAAAGCCAAGAAGGAUGAGCAGUCCUUGAAGAGGAGAAACAUCACGGAUGUCUCCCCUGACGCUUCUGAGCAACAGACCAAACGGGUCAGCCUCACCCUGCAAGAAAUAAUCAAUGGUGUCAAUGCCUCAGAUCCAGAACUAUGUUUCCAGGCCACCCAGGCAGCCAGGAAAAUGCUGUCCCGGGAAAAGAACCCUCCUCUGAAGCUGAUUGUUGAUGCAGGGCUCAUUCCCAGGCUGGUGGAGUUCCUGAAGUCAUCCCUUCAUCCCCACUUGCAGCUCGAGGCAGCCUGGGCUCUGACCAAUAUUGCCUCCGGUACUUCGGAGCUGACUCGUGCUGUCGUGGACGGAGGGGCCAUCCAGCCCUUGGUUGAGCUCCUGUCUUCCCCUCAUAUGACUGUGUGUGAACAGGCAGUGUGGGCCCUUGGUAAUAUAGCAGGUGAUGGACCAAAAUUCAGAGACGACGUUAUCUUGAGUGAUGCCAUUCCACGUCUGCUGACCCUGGUUUCAUCAAGUAUACCAGUCACAUUCCUGCGGAACAUCACGUGGACCUUGUCCAACCUGUGCCGGAACAAGAACCCAUACCCUUCUGAUCACGCAGUGAAGCAGAUGUUGCCCACCCUCUUCCACCUCCUGUGGCACCCAGAUGAAGAGGUUCUCUCGGACACCUGCUGGGCUCUGUCCUACCUCACUGACGGCUGUGAUACACGCAUCGGCCAAGUGGUGGACACGGGGGUCCUGCCCAGGCUGGUUGAGCUCAUGAGCAGCUCAGAACUCAAUGUCUUGACCCCCUCUCUGCGCACUGUGGGGAACAUUGUCACAGGGACAGACCACCAGACCCAGCUGGCCCUGGACGCAGGCAUCCUAGCUGUGCUGCCCCAGCUCCUCACACACCCCCGCUCCUCCAUCCAGAAGGAGGCAGCCUGGGCCCUAAGCAACGUGGCCGCGGGGCCCCGCCAGCACAUCCAGCAGCUGAUCGCUUGCGGUGUGCUGCCUCCCUUGGUGGCUGUUCUAGAAAACGGAGAAUUUAAAGUCCAGAAAGAGGCUGUCUGGACAGUGGCUAACUUCACAACUGGGGGCACCGUGGACCAGUUGAUCCAGCUUGUCCAGGCUGGAGUCCUGGAGCCACUAAUAAAUCUUCUCACCAUCCCAGACACCAAAAUUGUUCUCAUCAUUCUCGACAUCCUCUUUUUUAUCCUCCAGGCAGCAGAGAAGAUUUCUCAGAAGGAAAGCAUGUGUCUGCUGAUAGAAGGACUCGGUGGGAUUGAUAGAAUUGAGGCUUUGCAACUUCACGAGAACCGUCAGAUUGCCCUGACUGCUCUGAACAUUACUGAGAGACACUUCUCUGAGGAAGAAGGGACUGGCACAACCUUACCAGCCCGGGACCAAGGUCACGAAUUCUUAAAGCACUUAACAAACACAUACCAAAGCUCCACAACUCCUAAAUCAGGGACCAGACCCAAAAAGUCACCUCUUGAAGAACCCCUUCCCCUUGGUGUACUACAGCGUCACACGGAAAUGUCAUGCCCAAAGCACGGUCUUUGCUGGUCCUUGACAGGUAAGGAGGAAAGAUGUGUGGGUGUCCAUCCAAAAUAUGGCUGGAAGGCAGUUCGUGGUCUCACAAGCUUCUCAUCCAGUUGUGAGAACAAAUCUAUGAUUCAGUGGACACUGGGCUUUCCAGUCAGUAUCUCAUCUCCUUUUGGGGUGACUCCGCCAGCUGCUGAGGGCUGUGUUGGGGGGAUGGGAUCCUCUAAGGGUUCUGCUCUCCCACAUGGAAAUGGAGGGGACCUGGGAGAUUCCUCUCAACUCCCUCUUUUGUUCAUCAGCUCAGAACCUCCUAGUUGGGCACAUCUUUGGCUAAGCAGAAUCUCAUUCUCUGAGGACCUUGAAUCUGAGACCCAGGCAUUGAGCCCAGAAGAAACAGAGAACUGGGAAGUGUUUGCUUCAGCGGCAAGGCUUUACACUCAGUGGAAUGGAUGUCCUCAGUGGUUGUCUGCUUCCUGCUUCUCCAAGGCUGCCCUUUGGUUCUAUACAUUCUCCCAUAUUCCUCCCAUAGACUGUCUUAUAUAGAGAGAGAUAUAUAUCUUGGCUGCGCCACGCGGCUUUCAGGAUCUUAGUUCCCUGACCAGGGAUUGAACCCCGGCCACGGCAGUGAAAACGCUGAGUCCUAACCACUGGAUCACCAGGGAAUUCCCUAGAUUGUCUUUUUUAAAGUAGCUAUAGUUAGUUUCUGUUGCUUGCAGCUGGAAGAAUCUUAACUGACACACAUGAAGAGUGAAAACUAAACCAUAACUAGUUAUUAUUUAAAUCCAAAAGCUCUAUUACGUCUCAUUCUAUAAAGUUCGUGUAUAAAAUUUGAAUUUUUAAGUUAAAAAUAUGCAAAAAAUAUAUAA